AGCCGUCUGUCGUGUGACGUCAUGACGCAGUGCAGUGCUGAGGAAGCGGGGAGGCCCCGAGCGGCCUGCUGCGGAGCCGGAGACCGGGGCCUGGCGUGACGGGCCCGGCUUCUGUUAACGUGGUCAGUGUUGUCAUGGAGGGGAUGGACGUUGAUCUGGACCCUGAACUCUUACAAAAGUUCAGUUGUUUAGGAACCACAGAUAAAGAUGUUCUGAUCUCAGAGUUCCAGAGGCUCCUGGGCUUCCAGCUCAACCCGGCUGGCUGUGCAUUCUUCCUGGACAUGACCAACUGGAAUCUUCAGGCUGCUAUUGGAGCAUAUUACGACUUUGAAAGUCCAAGUGUAACUGUUCCUUGCAUGUCAUUUGUGGAGGAUGUUACAAUUGGGGAAGGAGAAUCUGUGCCACCAGACACACAAUUCACCAAGACCUGGAGGAUCCAGAACACGGGAUCAGAAGCAUGGCCCCCUGGGGUGUGCCUACGAUAUGUUGGUGGGGAUCAGUUUGGUCAUGUAAAUAUGGUUUUAGUGCGUUCUCUAGAUGCCCAGGAAAUUACAGAUGUCAGUGUGCCAAUGUGCAGCCCAAGCCAGGCUGGCAUGUACCAGGGACAAUGGAGAAUGUGUACAGCUACAGGCCUAUACUUUGGAGAUGUUAUAUGGGUUAUUCUCAGCGUUGAAGCCGGGGGCCUCUUGGGUGUCACUCAACAGCUCUCAUCUUUCGAGACAGAGUUUAACACUCAACCUCAUCGCAAUCUGGGAGGAGACUACAAUCCAUUUGCUUCCCCUCAAAAGAGUCGAUCACCUGAUGGGGAGGACAUGGGGAGCUGGGGGCCUGAGACAGAGCCCUCUGAAAGCGAGCAGAAUGGACUUUCUCAGACCUCUGUAAAUAUAUGUUCAACAGAUCACCCGGCCAGCCGUUCUGUAGCUACAUAUAGAGAGAGUGUGCAUGGGCCUUAUCCAUUUGGAGAAUCCUAAAAGAAAUUUAAUUUUCCCCUAAAUGCCCGUGUCUAUAUAUUUUUUUUCUUCCACCCAGACAUUCUGAACCAAGAUCACUCUGCUGAAGGAUAUUUGAGGAAGAUGGUCUGGUACCCUGUGAAAUAUGUUCAGGGUGCUUCCUUUUUUUUCCUACUGCUGAAAGAAACCCUGCAUACCAAGCUUACCAUUUAUAUUUCCUAUUCAAUGGAAGCAUAUAUAGUGGAAAUCUGAGGUAGGAAGGAAGACGGGUGCAAGAAGUUUUGGGUAUAGGGAGUGGUGUGGACUUUAAAUUUGAAAUUCUACAAGUCCUAAUCCAUGAAGGAUUACAAGGAUAAAAAUUACACCUUCUUUUUCAUUCUUUCACAUACAGAUCGCGAUAGUUUUGCAUUUAGUUUCAGAGCCUGAACUAUGGUCAUAUUCACAACUUGAAUUGAACUGUCCAACUCCAAGGAAAAUUCAUAUUCAAAAUUAGAUUGGCCAGUAAUUACUAUAAUUCUAAUAUAUA